GAAAGUAAAUUAUAUAAAAGUGAGACAGAGGAAGUACUAAUACACCAAAAAAGUAUGAGGAGAUUAUUUUACCAUUAACGAGGGGUCUUCAGUAUGAACCUUGGGUAUAAAAAAAAAAUUAUUAGGAGCAUAGCCACUGAAUAAAUAUUACCAUGUGCUAUUUAAAUUUAGUCGAAAUUAUAAUUUGGGGUAUUAAAAAAAAAAAGACACCAAGAAAGUAGAAACCAGACCAUAUGUCUAUCCUUUCUUCUUUUGACUUGUGACCAUCCUUUAAAUUUUUUCUUUUAAUCCCAACUUCACAUUUAAAUGUUAUUGUCUUCUUACUAGCUACAACAACAAUCCCAAAGAUUUAGCCUUUUAUAUCCUUCCAAUUUACUCUAACUAAACAAACAUGGCAAUUGAUAUGAUUUUUGAAAUUACAAGUCCAAGAAUCUCUUUCUCAUCAGAUGAACAAGUCAUAGAUUUGCAACAUUAUCAAUCAGAUUCAAAUCCUGAAUUCGAUUUCUGUAUUAGCACCAAUAUCGCUAAUACAGAAACUUGUUCAGCAGAUGAACUCUUCUUAAAUGGAUUAAUUCGUCCUCUUCAACUACAACAAAAACAAAAACUUGUCACAUUAUCUAAUUCUCCUCCUAUUCCAGCUCCACCAAUUGCAAAUCAAAAUGUAAUCUCGAAACACAUUAGUGUUGAUGAUAAUCAAAACAAGUCGUUUUGGCGUAUUAGGAGAAGUACUAGUCUUCAUGGAAAUAAGAAAAGUUCAUUUUGGUCGUUGCAACGCAGUAAUUCAACUGGAUCAAAGAGUUUUUCAGUUAAAGAAAAUCAGAAACAUAAGAAGAAUAUAAUGAAUCCUUCUUCUGCAGUUAGUUUAUACUCAUCAGCAUCACAAAAGCCUCCAUUGAGAAAGAAUUAUAGUAAUGGGAUUUGCAUUAAUCCUGUUUUGAAUGUAGCACCUUAUACUUUUAUUCCAAAAGCUACCGCUAAUCUCUUUGGUUUAGGAUCAUUCUUUGCCAAUGGAAAAGAUAAGAAGAGUAAGAAAUGAUUUUUUUUGUGUGUGUCAAUAUUUUGUACUUGCCUUUCUUUUUUGUUCUUUAUAAAUUAUUAUUAUUGAAAUCCAUCACGUAAAUUAGGUCUAUAAAUGUUUCGUUUAAUUUGAUUUCAGCUUGUAUUUAUACUUUUAAAUUUUUGUUGUGUAUUAGUAAGUA